AUGUCGGAGGAGGAGAGGAAGAUAGUAAAGAUGUGUUCACUGAAGAAGAAAGCCAUAAACGCAUCGAACAGAUUCAAGAACUCAUUCAAGAAAAAGGGUCGAAGAAGCACCAGCAGAGUCAUGUCCGUACCUAUUGAGGAUGACAUCGAUGCAGAAGAUCUUCAAGCUCUUGAUGCUUUUCGUCAAGCUCUUGUUCUUGACGAGCUCUUACCCUCCAAACUCGAUGAUCUCCAUAUGAUGCUUCGAUUCCUGAGGGCAAGGAAGUUUGACAUUGAGAAAGCUAAGCAAAUGUGGAGUGACAUGAUUCAAUGGAGGAAAGACUUUGGCGCUGACACAAUCAUCGAGGAUUUUGAGUUCGAAGAGAUCGAUGAUGUCAUGAAGCAUUACCCUCAAGGCUAUCAUGGAGUAGACAAGGAAGGCAGGCCGGUUUACAUUGAGAGAUUAGGUCAAAUCGAUGCUAACAAGCUGCUUCAAGUGACAACAAUGGACCGUUACGUAAAGUAUCAUGUCAAAGAGUUUGAGAAGACUUUUAAGAUUAAGUUCCCUGCUUGUUCUGUUGCGGCCCAUAAGCACAUUGAUCAGAGCACAACUAUCCUUGACGUUCAAGGCGUGGGUCUCAAGAACUUCAGCAAGUCCGCGAGAGAGCUUCUUCAAAGACUUUGCAAGAUUGACAAUGAAAAUUAUCCUGAGACGUUGAACCGGAUGUUCAUCAUCAAUGCGGGUUCCGGGUUCCGGCUAUUGUGGAGCACAGUCAAGUCGUUCCUUGAUCCCAAGACUACGGCAAAGAUUCAUGUUCUUGGGAACAAAUAUCACAGCAAACUGCUUGAAGUCAUCGAUGCUAGUGAGUUGCCAGAGUUCUUUGGAGGCACUUGCACUUGUGUAGACAAAGGAGGUUGCAUGCGCUCUGACAAAGGUCCAUGGAAUGACCCUGAGGUUCUCAAGAUGGCUAUAAACCGGGAAGCAAAAUGCACACCAAUUUCAGAAGAUGAACACAAUCAUGUUGACCAAGAAAGAUCAACUUCAGCACUUCUGGAAAGUUUUGAGAGAAACAAUAAGAAAAGGGAUGAAGACAAUGCGCAUGAGAAGCAAAUUGCAACCAUUGACAAGUCCAUGGACACGGCAUGGUCUACAAAAAUUCAGAAAUCCCAAAGUUUUAAUGUCUCUAAAGGGCUGGAGUCUUACGUGAGGAAGGGGGCACCAAAGAAAAGGGAUGGAUUUCUUGUGGGAGGGGUCAUGGCCUUUGUGAUGGGAAUCGUUGCAAUGGUUAGGCUAUCUAAAGACGUUCCACGCAAACUCACCGAGGCUGCAUUAUAUGGAAACUCAGUUUGUUAUGAGGAAUCUAUGUCUAAGCAAAAUAAAGCUCAAUUUGCAGCACCAGUCUCUAGCGCUGAGUAUAUGUUGAUGGUGAAACGCAUGGCUGAACUGGAAGACAAGUGCAUGUUCCUUGAUUUGAAACCGGCUAAUGUCGAUUCUGAAAAGGAGGAGAAACUUCAAGCUGCGCUUAACCGUGUACAAGUCCUUGAGCAAGAAUUGACCGAGACCAAAAAGGCUUUGGAGGAAGCCCUUGUGAGUCAGAAGGAGAUUUUGGCAUACAUUGAGAAAAAGAAAAAGAAGAAGAAGCUGUUUUUCGGUUUCUAAAUGUGCAAAGGAAAGAAGAUGAGGUCAUGAAACAAGAAGCUGAAUCAGAGAGAAUUUGAUUGUGAUUUUUAUUUUUCAAUUGACGAAUAGAUUCAUCUUAAAAGCAUCUGACAUGUAUAUUUGAUUUGAAGUGAAGUGAAAACUAUCUUGUGCUUUUUGCCAGUGACAUUGUUUGUGUGUGAGUGUGCGUGUGCGUGUGCGUUUCAGUUUCUCUAUAAAGUAUUUGUUAUAUUAUCCACGAGAUUACAUGAC